UGAAGAAAUGCACGAAAACAAGCAGGAGUCUAUCACCAUCCUGCAAAAAUGCUGGACGUUAAAGAGACUUGAAAAGCUGGAGUGCAAUCAGAAAUGACGGUUUAGCAGUUAUCUAGUAAGACGAGCUGCUUUCGCGAUAUUCCUGCGCUUCGUUGCGGUGUUAGUGUAUUUUGAGACCGGGAUGGAAACACCUCAGUAACUUGAUUUCACUGGAAAACUAUCCAGACUGGUGCACAGCAGCUCGGCGGCUCGCUUGAUAAAGAUGUAUCUGCCGGGGGAUUUACAGUCGCCUUCGGUUAUCUGAGUGCAGAAGAAGGCUGAAGCGUGCGAUGUUGUUAGCGUCGGCCGUGGUCGUAUGGGAAUGGCUGAACGAGCACGGGCGCUGGCGGCCGUACAGCCCGGCUGUGUCUCACCAUAUCGAAGCGGUGAUCCGCAGCGACCCCCGGGGCGCCGGCAGCGUGGUUCUGGGCCAGGUCGACUCCAGACUUUCACCAUACAUCAUCGACCUGCAGUCCAUGCACCAGUUUCGCCAAGACACCGGCACUUUGCGGCCAGUUCGCCGGAGUUUCUACGACCCGCGCUCGGCUCCUGGACAGGGCUGGGUGUGGGAGUGGGAGAAUGACUCCGGCUCAUGGACGGCGUACGACACAGAGGUGGGCAUCGCCAUUCAGGCGGCUCGUGACCGGCAGCAGCCCUGGCUGGACCUGACACCACUAGGCUUCUGCUACCUCAUCGACUUGCAGAACAUGACCCAGAUCAACCGGCAGACUCAGCGGCGUCGCCGUGUCCAGAGGCGCUCGGAUUUGGCCUACCCUCUGGUCUCAGGCCCCUUGCCCAAACCACACGCCUGGACAUCCAAUGGGAGCGGAGGACACUUGGGGGUGGGAGUGUCAGGGAUCACUGGAGGAAAUGGAAGCGCUUAUCCCAGUGGUGCUCUCCCUGCUAGUGCCAUCACAUCCCUAGGUCAGCCAUGUUCCUGUCAGCAAUGCAUGCUGGUCCUCGGUGUCAAAACUCCGGGCAUGGCAGCACAGACUCUAGGCCGGAAACCUCCACCCAUGCCCAAGCCCCCUAGUCCUAAAGUUGCCCCACGAAGCCACUCGUACUCCCUUACACUCCCCCACCCACCAUCUCUUUCCCGGGUGCUCUCUCCACACAGGAACUCCACCUCAGGCGCCAGCAGUGGUGGUGCUUUUGGACACUCGCUCUCCCUUCUGAGCUCAGCCACGGCUGCUCUGUCCCUUUCCUCGUCCUCACGACCGCCUCCCCCGACUGUUCCUCCACCGCCACCUCCUUCCACCAUUCCACACACUGCCUUGGCGCCUAGCGGUGCCCAGUCUGCACCCUCCAAUGCCCUCAUCUCAACCUCGACCACCUGUGCCCCCACCCCCUCUGCCCGGGUGCUUGGCCCUGUGCCGUCGGCAGCCUGUGCUGCCCCACUGCCUCCACGCUCCAGCCUUGCAGGCCUCAGCCGCCCUGCCCUCCAGAGGAUUGCCAUGGCACAGUCACGGGCGCUCAUCGCCUCCGGGGUCCCCACAGUCCCAGUUAAGAACCUAAAUGGGUCCAGCCCUGUUCACCCAGCCCUGGCUGGAAUUACGGGCAUUCUGAUGAGCGCUGCUGGACUUCCUGUUUGCCUGACUCGUCCCCCUAAACUGGUGCUUCACCCCCCACCUGUCAGCAAGAGUGACAUCAAGCCAGUGCCAGGCCUGGGUCACUGCUGCCGCAAGACUACAAAGAAACAAGCCCGCAAAGGCAGAACUCCUGAGGAAGUCGUGAGGCGGUACUUGCAGAAGGUUCGCAACCCACCAGAGGAGGACUGCACUAUCUGUAUGGAGGCUCUGGCAGGACCCUCUGGCUAUAAAGGUCCUGGCGUGGGUGGUAUUUCUCGAGCUGAGUCAGUCGGCCGUCUGUCUCAGUGCGGACACCAGUACCACCUGCAGUGCCUGGUGGCGAUGUACAACAACGGAAACAAAGAUGGCAGCCUGCAGUGCCCCACCUGCAAGACCAUCUAUGGUGUAAAGACUGGUAACCAGCCACCAGGCAAGAUGGAGUACCACGUCAUCCCCCACUCACUGCCUGGACACCCUGACUGCAAAACCAUCCGCAUUAUCUACAACAUACCACCUGGCAUUCAGGGCCCUGAACACCCAAACCCUGGAAAACCUUUCACAGCUCGUGGUUUCCCCCGCCACUGCUACCUCCCUGACAGCGAUAAAGGCCGCCUAGUGUUGAAGCUGUUGCUGGUUGCAUGGGACCGCAGGCUGAUUUUCUCUGUGGGGACCUCAAGCACGACCGGCGAGGCAGACACAGUCAUCUGGAAUGAAGUCCAUCACAAGACUGAGUUUGGCUCCAACCUGACCGGUCACGGUUACCCUGACUCCGGGCACCUGGACAACGUCCUAGAGGAGCUGCGGGCACAGGGCAUCGCGGAGGAAGACUGUCUGAGGGACUGAGGGAAUAAGUGGAAAAGCAUUGGUGGCUGGGGAGUGAUGCCAGGUUUGAUUCCAGAUACAAUACCUGGACGCUCAACUAGGAUUAUGAGACUUUUGGAGAAGUUUUGAAGCUGAGAAUCUAUUGUGGUUAAAAAAAAGGACUCGAAGGACUUGUAAAAGUCACUGUUCUUUGUUCUUUUCCGUGGUAUUGUCCUUUUGACUGCGGAAGAGAGCUAAAGCUAAAGCUUUUAACAUAGAUUUUAACACGGUUUCUGUUAGAUGGACCAACUGGGAACCUUGAAAGGAUGUUGGUACAAAUUUACUAUUGCUGGUGUCUGUUCAACAAUUUACUGUAUCGUAGUUCUGUGAAGGGUACUCCAAACUUGAGGUACUUCUGUGCAUGUAGGUAUAUCAUUCAGUGCAAAGUGGAAACAAGUCCUUUUGUACAAUUGAGGCCCCCUACAUUUUGCUGUGAAGCUCCAGCGGCAGUUUCGGACUGAAUAUGAAUGUUUACUGCCCUCUAGUGGCACUUGAUGAUACAUUCCAUCCAUAUCCAUAUCCAUGGUACUGCUGUUGAUGUUCUCAUGAAGAUGUCUUCUUUUUUCAGUUUUACUUUAAUUUACUCUGCAUUAAUGACUUACUUUUAUACAUAUCGCAUCAUACCUUUUUUUCACGUUAUAAAAGUGAAUAAAACGGAAGCCUAUGUUUGGGUGCGAUUUUGAGGAUUGACGUUAAUCCAAGUCUUUGUCAGAGACUGGUAAUCCUGCCUUCUGGCAUUAAACUCGAACCACUUAAAGUAUUAAUCAGUGUUAAUCGGUAAAAACAUGUGGAGCCAAGGGGUGAAGGCAUGGCUGUGAGCCAGCUAACAGCCCUAAACCAUUGGGGCGAGGACCAAUGCACAAAACGGCCACGUUCCUCCUAACCCCUUUUUUCUUAAAGCCACAUGGAAAGUGUGAGUGAAUCGAAAAGAGUUUUAUUGUGAUUAGAUUUGCAACCGGAGAUUACAUGUGUAAUACAUGGACCAGCGCUAAACUGAAUCAUGCGUUCAAUAAUAUAAGCUCUUCACAGGCCAUAUGUUGGUACUGAGGUUUCAUGUCAGACUGUUAUGAAUGUCUGUUGUGAAGGUUUGAUGUAAUGGCAUACUGUUCAAAACCCUGUAACAUCAUCGUAGCUAGCAGUCUAGCAGGCCAGAUAAUGUUUACCUAUUACAGACACAUCCAGUCCCACUUCUUUAAAUAGUUCUGUCCUGUGGUCAAACUUUCUCCGGUUGCUAUUCUAGUCGGUCCUUGGUAGGUCCAUGGUGGACACGUUUACAAAAAAGAAAAAGUAUUGCUGUCAAGCCAUUUGUGCAUGUGUGUACAUGCAAAUGUAAGCUUACAUUUAUAGUUGAAGUAUAUUGUGUGCUGUAUGUGUUUUAUGUACACAUUUUUCUUAAUCAAAAUCAUGUUUUUGAAGUGUGAUGACAAGUAUAAAUGAGGCAAGCACUCGUUACUCUUUUUUUCAUUAUUUUUUAUUUUAAGUACUGUCUUAUAAGCUGUUAGUUUAUUCUUCUUUUUGUACUGUGAAGUUUUUUUUCUCUCACAUAUUGCACUUGUAAUUUUUUUUCAUGAUAGUUGCUAUGGUUAUAACGGUUUAAAAAAAUAAUGACUUCUGCCAAGAGGAAGCUGCAAAGAAAACCAGUGUUCGGAGCUAGAACUGUUGUUUCUGUGUAAUAUAAGUCUGUAAAAAAUAACAUGCAUAUUAAAUAGCUGCUGGAAUACUGAAUGAAUAUUAAAAAGGGGAAAAAAAUGA